UGGAAAUUCCAUCAAGGCUAUUUUGAAGAACUGACUCCAAGGAUAAUUGGUUGAUCGUUUUAGACGACAAUGUUUUCUAACUUGUGUACAUCCCCGGGUGUACAUCAUGUUUAUAAUGCACGAGCUCACCCUGUGGAAAGUUCGCGUAUCGCAAGAUCAACAACUCGUGAGUGACUAGGCUUAAAUAUUUAAAUCGGUAUUUAUCGACUGACUCAGUCACAAUGUUUUCUUUCCUUUCAUCUUUGGCGUUUGCAGUAACGAUAGGAUUGUCGGCUGCUACAGAACCUUGCAAUCAUGCACCAAGCGUUUGGUGCAGUUCGGAGGAAAUAGCUAGGAGCUGCGGGGUUGUGGAUCAGUGUCGACGAAACGUUUGGGCAGUAAAUGAUAAAGCCAAGCCAGUCAAUGUCACCCUGUAUUAUGAAUCUCUCUGUCCAGGAUGUCGGGCAUUCAUCACCCAGCAGCUAUUCCCUGCAUUUAAUAAGAUCAGGAAGAUAAUGAAUGUCACGUUAAUACCUUAUGGUAAUGCCCAUGAGAAGCAAUCUGGCGAUAAAUGGGUCUUCACUUGUCAACACGGAGUAGAAGAAUGCAUUGGGAACAUAAUUGAGUCCUGUACAAUACAUAUUGUCCAGAACAUCAGUGCAUACUUUCCUUUUAUUGACUGCAUUGAAAAAUCAAAAGAACUGCCAAGAAAUAUAGCCAAUAAGUGUGCCAGACAACAUAACCUGGAGAAAGUCUACCCAGAUAUUGAAAAAUGUGCAAAUGGACCUGUUGGUGAUAUGGUGGAGCACUCCAUGGCGAUACUAACAGAGGGACUCAAGCCUCCUCAUAAGUACACACCAUGGAUAGUUGUGAACGGAAUGCACACAGAUACUAUUCAGGAAGAGGCGCAGCGUAAUCUGAUAAAGUUUGUUUGCAAAACAUACAAGGGUACAAAGCCAAGUGAGUGUAUGCAGUUUCUUCAGCCAGAUGCUAGAAAUAUUUGCCAGAAAUAGACAUUGUCACAUUAUUAUCGACUUUCGUUUGCUUCAUAUCUUAAACAAGGUGUAUCACAUUUAUUAAAUAAUAAAGUAUUACAAAUACUGGUAUAUAUUUUGCGAUGUUCUGUUUUUCAAGUUUUUAAAUCUUGCCUCGAUUACCAAAUUGGUCCAUAUUUGAAAUGUUAUUAUCCCAACGAUCGAAGUUCGGUAGGGAUACAGUGAAGC